AGUGGUCCACUCCUCCGGUUACGGCGGCGGCGGCGGCGGCGGCAUCAGCGGCAGCUGCAGCUAGAACAAGAGCAGCGAUAGCUCCGGGCUUCCAGAGCAGGAGCUGUGGCCACGGCACCUGUGCAGAGCAGGAGUGGCAGGACAAGGGGGUGGGGUUCGAGCCAGCCACUCUCUGAGCCGGAAGGAAGGGGCACCUCCCAGCCCCUCAGCAAUCCGCUGCUCCGCAGACUCUCGACAGAGCUGGGAAUCCUGGUUGGGGUAGACAUGUGCAAGACCAGCUAGAGGGCUGGGCCAGGUAAACAUUUGGGUCAAGUGUGGAGAGGAAGGGAAAGCUGUUUCUGGGACCAUGACAGCUUCCCGCCUGGACUUUGAGGAGGUGGAAACUUUCCUGGACAGGCAUCCAGAGUUGUUUGAAGAUUACUUGAUGAGGAAGGGGAAGCAGGAGCUGGUGGAGAAGUGGCUGCAGAGGCACAGUCAGAGCCAGGGGGCUUUAGACUCAAGGCCGGCGCUGGCUGGCAUCAGCAGCGUGGCCCACGGCGGUGGCAGAGGCAGCAGAAGCGUUGGCGGUGGCACUGGACCAAAUGGCUCUGCCAACAACCAGCCCACUCCAGGUGCGGGGGACUGUGGUGGGGUUCCUCUGAGUCCCAGCUGGGCCAGCGGUACCCGGGGUGAUGGGAGCCUGCAGCGAAAAGCUUCUCAGAAGGAGCUAAGGAAGAGUUUUGCCCGCUCCAAAGCCAUCCACGUGAACAGGACCUAUGAUGAACAAGUGACCUCCCGAGCCCAGGAGCCCCUGAGCAGUGUGCGGCGGAGGGCGCUUCUCCGGAAGGCCAGCUCUCUGCCCCCCACCACAGCCCAUAUUCUCAGUGCCCUGCUGGAAUCCAGGGUGAAUUUGCCUCAAUAUCCCCCUACAGCUAUGGACUACAAGUGCCACCUCAAAAAGCAUAAUGAGCGUCAGUUCUUCCUGGAACUGGUCAAGGAUAUCUCCAAUGAUCUUGACCUUACCAGCCUGAGCUACAAGAUCCUCAUCUUUGUCUGCCUCAUGGUGGAUGCUGACCGCUGCUCUCUCUUCCUGGUGGAAGGGGCAGCUGCCGGCAAGAAGAGUUUGGUCUCCAAAUUCUUUGACGUGCAUGCAGGAACCCCACUGCUGCCAUGCAGCGGCACAGAGAACUCAAACGAGGUGCAGGUCCCCUGGGGCAAAGGCAUCAUUGGCUAUGUCGGGGAGCAUGGAGAGACAGUCAACAUUCCUGAUGCCUACCAGGAUCGAAGAUUCAAUGAUGAAAUUGACAAGCUGACUGGAUACAAGACAAAAUCACUAUUGUGCAUGCCUAUCCGAAGCAGUGAUGGAGAGAUUAUUGGUGUGGCCCAAGCUAUAAAUAAGAUUCCUGAAGGUGCGCCAUUUACUGAAGAUGAUGAAAAAGUUAUGCAGAUGUAUCUUCCAUUUUGUGGAAUUGCCAUAUCUAAUGCUCAGCUAUUUGCUGCCUCAAGGAAAGAAUAUGAAAGAAGCAGGGCUUUGCUAGAGGUGGUUAACGACCUCUUUGAGGAACAGACAGACCUGGAGAAAAUUGUCAGGAAGAUAAUGCAUCGGGCCCAAACGCUGCUGAAAUGCGAGCGCUGUUCUGUUUUACUCCUAGAGGACAUCGAAUCACCAGUGGUGAAGUUUACCAAAUCCUUUGAAUUGAUGUCCCCAAAGUGCAGUGCCGAUGCCGAGAACAGUUCCAAAGAAAGCAUGGAGAAAUCCUCAUACUCUGAUUGGCUGAUAAAUAACAGCGUCGCCGAGCUGGUGGCUUCUACAGGCCUCCCAGUGAACAUCAGCGAUGCCUACCAGGACCCUCGCUUUGAUGCUGAGGCUGACCAGAUAUCUGGUUUUCAUAUAAGAUCGGUUCUCUGUGUACCUAUUUGGAAUAGCAACCACCAAAUAAUUGGAGUGGCUCAAGUGUUAAACAGACUUGACGGAAAACCUUUCAAUGAUGCAGAUCAACGACUUUUUGAGGUGCUAUCAUACCAUGCAACGUGUUCAAAAGCUGAAGUUGACAAGUUUAAGGCAGCCAACAUCCCUUUGGUGUCAGAACUUGCCAUCGAUGACAUACAUUUUGAUGACUUUUCUCUCGACGUUGAUGCCAUGAUCACAGCUGCUCUUCGGAUGUUCAUGGAGCUGGGGAUGGUACAGAAAUUUAAAAUCGACUAUGAGACACUGUGUAGGUGGCUUUUAACAGUGAGGAAAAAUUAUCGAAUGGUUCUGUACCACAACUGGAGACACGCCUUCAACGUGUGCCAGCUGAUGUUUGCGAUGCUAACUACCGCUGGCUUUCAAGAGAUUCUGACCGAGGUGGAAAUUUUAGCGGUGAUUGUGGGAUGCCUGUGUCAUGACCUUGACCACAGGGGAACCAACAAUGCCUUCCAAGCUAAGAGCGGCUCUGCCCUGGCCCAACUCUAUGGAACCUCUGCUACCUUAGAGCAUCACCAUUUCAACCAUGCCGUGAUGAUCCUGCAAAGUGAGGGUCACAACAUCUUUGCUAAUUUGUCCUCCAAGGAAUAUAGUGACCUUAUGCAACUUUUGAAGCAGUCAAUACUGGCAACAGACCUCACACUGUACUUUGAGAGGAGAACUGAAUUCUUUGAACUUGUCAGUAAAGGAGAAUAUGAUUGGAACAUCAAAAAUCAUCGUGAUAUAUUUCGAUCAAUGUUAAUGACAGCCUGUGACCUUGGAGCCGUGACCAAACCGUGGGAGAUCUCGAGACAGGUGGCUGAACUUGUAACCAGUGAGUUCUUCGAACAAGGAGAUCGGGAGAGAUCAGAACUCAAACUCACUCCUUCAGCUAUUUUUGAUCGGAACCGGAAAGAUGAACUGCCCCGGUUGCAGCUGGAGUGGAUUGAUAGCAUCUGCAUGCCUCUGUAUCAGGCACUGGUGAAGGUCAAUGAGAAGCUGAAGCCGAUGGUGGAGUCCGUGGCUGCGAACAGAACGAAGUGGGAGGAGCUGCACCAGAGAAGGCUGCUGGCCUCAGCCGCCACGCCCUCUUCAGCCAACCUCCUGGUGGCCGGGACAGAGAGCCACUAACCCUCCAGCUCAGCUGCUGCUGCACAGGGACUGCACCCCGAAGGGCCAGCUUUGGUCCAGCCACACCAUCCUUUUGUUCCUUUAAGCUCAGAUACGCAGCGAGUCUUGAGGAUGCACUGGACGCAGGCCUGGGCGUUCAGCUUGGAGAGCGAGACAGGGAGGACAGAGGAGGUAGGGCAGGGCGCACUCCAGGACCCCAGCUUUCCCUGAUGGACAGACAUGGCUGAGACUGAGACGGCACUGGGCAGAAGACCGUUGUGGGUCCAGACCCGGGGGACAGCCGGCCCUGCUCAUUCUGAGCCCAGGGAACGCGGAACAGGAAAGGCGUCAUUCGCGCGGCUUCAUUUUGUCUGUGGCUCUUUUAUUUGCUCCAAGUCAAACAAUGCCUGCCUCUGCAGCCUCUCCAGAGCACCCCUUUGUGCCAGACUGUCCCAAGAAUCCCAAUUUGUAUUCUGUAGAGGUAUUUUAUUUUUAUCCUAAAGGUUCUUAAUGGUGGCUCAAAGCCUUUGGACUUGCCUACCUAAAAGAUAAACUGUAUUAUCCUGACAAAUACCAGCCAUUCCCAGUUUCCCCCUAAAAAGGUCCACAGUAGAAAUACAGCAGAUGUGUUUUUCUGAUUGGUGUUUAUCCAAGAUUCGUAACACCACAUUGGGAUUGUGGUCUCCUUUUUUAGGUUUUUAAUUCAAACUUUAUUGUACACCGAGUCUACUCCCGGAAGGAAUGGAUUAAUAGACUUUAAUUAAAGGAAGGAUGAAAGGAAACGGAUUUACCACAGGUGGCAUAUGAAUGCGUAAGAACUGUUUCCAACAGUGAGACAUUUCAUAGGACACAGCAGAGCCAUGGAGAACAAUCACUGACUACCUUGAGUUCUCCCAAUGAUGGUUUUUGUACAAAAUUUAAAGUGACUGUCAGUAUCAACCUACAGCCAAAUACAGGAAUUUCCAAUUUUGGAUUUUUCCUUAUGUACAAGAAAUAAUGCUUGAACGGUUAAGAAAUAAUGGUCUGUGCAGAGAACAAAUAUUCUAUGGAAAGCCAGAUUUAUAAUAGGUAAGAAUAAACUACAGUUAAGUGGAUGCAAUGACUAGAAAGCUACUUUGCUCCCCAUUUUAGGAGAUUGAGGACAUGGUAGGCUUUAUCCAAAGAACACUAGGUGAAAAGCUGUACUUACAUUCCUGGUUUGGGCACAAUUAACUGGAUGAUUCUGGACAAGUCACUUAACUGCUCCCAGCCUGUCUCAUUUGUCAAUUGAGAUUAUACUAGGAAAUGAUUUUCAAACAUGUUUUAACCUUAGAACUCUUUGUGCAAAUCAAUCUUACAAGGAUUGCCCAAGAUAUAAAUAUGUAAAAGCCCAAGUCCUCUGUUUGAAGCUGGGUUUGGAGACCCAGAGCCCCUGUAAAUCCUCAUCUCUUUGAUUUUGUAUGUGAUGGUCCCUAAAAGGGCUCUGAGGAGUUUGAAAAUCCCUGGACCAGAAGAACCUUGAAGUCCAUUCCAGCUCUAAAAAAAAUCUAAAAUUUACAAACCAUUUUUUGUUCUUGUCGUCACUGGUCAGUACCAGUUAUUAACCUUAUUACUCAAAUACUAAAGGGGCCAAGUUCCACAGACAUAGUAGACAUUCAGGGAAUGUGUAAAGAAUGGGUAAAUUAAGGCACCAAAAUGGAGGUGAGGGAAGAGCAGCUAUUCACAUGGAAGAGUCUAUGUGGCAAGAAUAAAGUAAGAGAAGAUUAUAAACCAGGCAAAGGGGUACAAGGAGGAGAGGGGGGGGGAGGGAAAGAGAAGGAGAAGCAAAAAAGAUGCCCAAGAAAAGCUAGGGACCAAGGCAGGUGAUAGAGAACUGCCAAAGGGAAGGUGAAAGUCGAUCCAAAGAAAGAAAAAUGGCACUUCUAACCAAAAAGAUGAGGGUACAAAAUCCUGUCAUCAACUGCUUAGAAAAGAGAGAUACUUGAGCAGGGAGGGGUUUGACAAAAGGGAGAAGUAGGAGCCCUAAAAAAUAAUGUUCCUAGCUCCCCGUUACAGCUGUCUCUGCAGGGAAGACUGGAGAAACGAGAGGAGAAAAUGAAUGCAGGAAAAACUGCCUCCGCAGAGCAGGUUAGAGGAGGUUGUUCAGAUUUAUGGGUUUUAUUAAGCCAGUUUUCUAAAUCACUCCGCUAUAAAGGAAAAUAGCUUGAGCUGUGCUGUGUCUCCUCCUCAGGUGAGGAACAAAGGGUGGGUGGAGUUAGGGACAGACGCCCGGCGGGCCGGUGUCUGCAGCUCAGAACCAUGAUCAGCCGCUGUUUCUGUCUGUCACAUCAUGUUUAUAUCACAAACAGGAAUUGAAAAUCAGUCCACGUGAGGCAGAGACGAACGCACAUCUGUUAUCCUCUCCAACAAUAAAUAAAUACAUAGCCCAGACAGACGGAUGCCAGUCUAUCUAGAGCAAAAUUUUAAAGCAUGUGCUUUGUGAGAAAGCUAGACCCAGGGUCUGAGGGAGACUGCAGGCAGCUAGCUCAAGCUACCCUGAACACUGAUGCUGCAUAUUGCUAAGGGGAACAUAAUUUAUAGCACAAACCCUACGGCUUCCACUAAGGUUGAGUUUUCCUCUCAUAUUCUUGCCUUUUUAUUGGCUUCACUGCACGGUUGCCAAUAGCAACAUCCAGUGGCAGCAAGGGGAGUUCAACACCAUUGCAGUCUGCCAUACAGUGGAGCCCUGACAAUGUCAACCAUCAAUCAAGUAGCUGUUUGUAAUUGCCUCCAUCUAUUUUUCCUGUCUCAAAGUAUCUUUCCUAUUGUGGGUCAAAAUUCAGAAACUGCUGACUAAUGCCAUGGUUCUGUUCUCGGAGAUCAUGAAGCAGUGAAAAGGAGGGUAACUGCCUCCCUGGUGCCAACAACCCAGAGGGUCAGAGGUUGAUGACUUGGGAGUUUGAGAUGUUUUUAAAUAAUAUAUAAUUUUCCAAGAAUGUGAGGUAUGUAAAGUUACCCAUAUAGUCUGCUUUCCCAAAAGAGAGAAAGAGAGAAAGAGAGAAGUCCCCAAUCCUUAUUAUUAAUGUUCAUUUCCUGUUGGAGGAAGGCAUUUAAAAUGUGAGCCUUCCUUUAAAACCUCCAGCUGACCAGACAAUUUGCUUCCUCAGGUGUGUUGGCAUUUACGGUUGAAAUGACUUCAUCCUGCUUUCUCCAUGAGAUGCAUUUUUUUUCAGAGAUGCUGUUUAUUCUCAUCUUAGUCAGUAUGUAGAUAAAACAUGCACACCCUACAAUGUGCUGGCACUCCUGGCCGGUAGGGGCCGCUUGGCAAACUGUAAAGGGUGCCAUCUAGUGCACAUGAGGCCUGGGGCUCCAUCCUGGCGUGGCCACCAGCUGGACCUGUUCUCUUGGCACGCUCCAGGUCUCAGGUUUUCUGUCUGUAAAAUAAAAGCACUGACUUUUAUUCAGUUCAUUUCCACACCAAAGGGCCAAGCCAUAUUUAACUUGUAAAACUUUUUCCAGAUAACUGUCUUGUUUACUCUUCCCAAAUAAAAUAGGAACAAACCUAAAAAGAUCCUAAAAAGGUCAUCUUCUCAUUCAAGACAAAAUAAAAAGUUACAUAUAUGGGGUAGAUAUAAACACAACCUUAUCACAGAUCUGUCUGAGCCUGCCUCUAGUGAUCAUGAAAGACAUGGUCAUCAGUACAAUUUUUUUUAAUAUACCCUUUUAUUUCAUAAAGGACAAUUUUAGAUGAACUCAUAUCAUAGAUAGCCCGUAAAUGGGAGACAAUUUAAUUUAGAAGAAAAUUUAUAAAGUGAGUCAAAAGAAGUUAAAAUUGCAUGUGCAUUUUAUUUCUAAAAUCUGAACUGUCUAUACAUUUGCAGGUAUAUUUACAUACCUGUUGAGUUAGAAAUAAUCUUUAAAUUUUUGUUAGUGUAUCGCUACAGGAAUUCAGUUGCUUCUUUCAUGUAUCAGAUUUUUUCAUACUUUAUCCACUUACCUUAAGUCAUUAAAAGUCUACCCAGUUUACUUUGCAAUACAAUUAUUUUAAAAUCCAUUCCUCCUGCUGACUCUUAAUAAAUUGCAGGAAGGUAAAAUACAGUUUUAUCCCCAGCAAUAGUGUAAAACAAUUCCCUUCACACAGGACCAAAAUAUGAACUUAUUAGGGGAAGAUUUUCCUAAAGAAAAACAUUUGGGCUGGUAAGAAGAAAAACUCAAAAAGAAUUCAUGAAAGCAACAAAACAAAACCUGAUUUGAGAGCCUACAAACUCUGGAGGUGCCACUGUAGUAAUGUUUCACGAUCUGCUUCAGGAUAACAGCCUCAGAAAAUGCCGUUCUGCCACGUGCUGUAAAGAAGUCCCCAAACUCAAAUGUAUCAGGACAUUUAAAGGUUGAGUCUGGCUACAAGAAGGCCAAAAUUUUCUAAGUUUCUUAAGUGAGCAAUAAUAAAACACAACGCCAGCAGAAAUAAAAUGAAGUGUGUCUGGAGUAUUUCAUGAUGAGCACGUGGAUUCAGCAAUGCCUGGCGUCAUCCUUACAUUGUCUGUGUUACUACCUUUUCCUCAGCUAGUAAUUUGGGGUUGUAUGUCUUCUUUAAUUUCAUUUUGAAUGUUCUUGCAUUUUUGGUACAUCUCUCAACAGUGCUAAAGAUAAGUUGUUUAUCUGUGUCAUACACACACACACACACACACACACACACACACACACACACACACACACCAAUGUCAUUGAAUAUAUGCACUGGUACAGAAAUAUGUUUGUUUUAUUAAGUAGAUGAAGUAUUUGCUGGGAAAAAAUGUUAUUUGAGGCCAUCAUUUAUCUUUGUGUUCAUUUUCUGUAUGUAUAUGUAUGUGUAUUAGAAUCUCAUUUUUUGUCUUCAGAUUUAGAUUAAAUCAUAUCUGGAUUAAUUAAAAAAAAAAGCAUCAGCACAGUGUGGAAAUAGGCUAGGUUUUGUUGAGUCUCAUUCCCUUGGGAGAAAAUUGCAUUUGCCAUUUUAUUUUGAUGUACAAUAAUCUAAAAAGGAUCUCCUACUGAUUUGCUUCCUAAUUAUUAUUGUUUUACACAGAAGGGAAAUGUGUCUUAAAUUGAGCUGUUUUAAGUCACUUCUUUUGUGUAGAUUUCCCAGGCUGAUGUUUCAUUGUAAGAAUACUACAGUAUAGACUGCUUGGCCAUUUCAUAAGCCACUAAGUCAUUUUUUUGAAAUAGUCUGCUUUAAGAGACUUGAAUAUCUUUGUUUUUAAUAAAAUGCUUAAAGUUUGA